AAACCGGGUAUCGAUUCAUUCCUAACCUAAAAUUAAAAUCAACCGGUCGUUAAAAAAAAAUUCAGCGCAAUUUUCAAGGAAAAAAAUCUAAUUUAUUUAAUUAAAAUAAUUAAUAAUUACGUAUGAAAAAUAAGUGUUUAAUAAUUAGUUAAUAAUAUGGUCAGUUGAUUAUAAUAAAUAAAUAAUGAUUAUAAAAACGACAUGUCCAAAUUUCCAAGGAAAAUAUUUUGAAAUUCUUGAUUACAAAAAUGAACUGACAGUUUUCAUUUGGGAAAAUGAUGAUUUUAUUUAUUUUCCUUUAUCAUCUUUAACUUCGACAUCAACUUCAACAGCUUCAACUUCAACGUCAGCAGCAACAGCAAAUAAAAAUUCAAAUUUAAAUUACCAAAUAAUAAGGGCGCCAAAUGAAAUUAAAAAAAUAAAAAGUUUUAAAGGAAGAAUAUUUGUUAUUUGUAAACCUCGAGGUAUUUAUAAAUUUGUAAAUAAUAAUAUUAAUAUAUUUGCAUCAUUAAGUUCAACAGCACUCGAUGUUACGACGGAAUUUUAUAAGAUAUUAAUUAUUAAAAAUAAUUAUUUAUAUUUACAAGACAAACAACAAAAAUAUUCAACGGAAUUAUUUUAUUUAAAUAAUAAUAAAAAUAAUAUCGAUUCAUUUGACACAACAAUCGAUAUAUCGGAUUCUAAUAUCGAUACAUCGGAAUUAUCAACAAUCAAUACAUCGAAAUCACAGAACAAAAAUUUUUCAAAUAUUCAAAAUUCAAAUUUACCAAAAACCGAUAUAUCGAAAUCACAAAAUAUCGAUAAAUCAACUGGACAAAAAAUCGAAUUAUCAAAAUCACAAAUAAACGAUCUAUCGAGUUCACAAUUAAUCGAUCGAUCGACUCAACAAACAAUCGAUAUAUCGAAUUUGUCUAUAAUCGAUAUAAAUUGUAUAAAAAUCGAUUCAAAUGAAAUAACAAAUAAUUUAAAAAAUAUUUUUGAUGAUAAUGAAAUUUGUUUAAUUACAUUCAAUAAUUUAUUAUUUAAACUGAUAAAUAAUAAAACGCAAUUAAUUUUUACAUCUAAUUACUCAUUAACUGAUUUUAUAUUAAUUAAAAAUGAUAAUAAUAAAAUAAAUAAUUUAUUAUUGAAAACAACAAAUAAAAAAUUACUGAUUUUAAUUACCGGUAAUUAUAUUUUUAAAAACAUUUUUUUUAAUUACGAUGUUAAUAAUUGCGCGGGUUUUAUUGAAGGUAAUGAGGAUUUUAUAAAUUUGGUAAUUGGUAGUGACAAAAUAUAUUUUGUUACUUUAAAAAUAAGUACCGGUGUAAUUAAUUACGUGAGUUACAUUAAUGAGAACUUAAACGACGUUAAAAUAUAUGACAAUAAAAUUAUUGGUCUUAAGAGCGCAGGCGAAUUGGCGGUAAUAGAAACAGAAUUUAAAUUUAAAUUUGAAAAAAUGGCGGGAAAUUCAGAAGAUGAAUUUUUUGAAUUAAGAGCGAGUAUGUGCAGUGGAACGACAGUAAUCGUUGAUAAUAUUUGUGAUUUAUCGAAGCAAUUAAAGGAUCAUAAUGAUAAAUUAUUAAUUGAACAGGAUAAAUUGAAGAGAAUAAAUAUUUAUGCGCAUAAAAGUAAACUGGUGGGAGUGAAAAAAAUUUGGGUUGAAAGAACAAGUUGUUGUAUUUUUUUGAAAGCUUUUUUUGAGUGCGCAUUACCUAAAGAUUGUUGGAUUUUUGUCGCUGUUGAUUGUAAGGGCCAGGAAUUUUUUAGUAUGCAAAUUAUUGAGGACGGAGAAGUUGGAGCUGAAAUUCCGCUGCCAGUUGAUUAUUUUGAUGCGACUGCGGAUAUUACUGUGGAUUUGGUGACGCUCGUUGAAGAAAAUGAACCCUGGUUUAUUGUCAAGGAUUGUGUGAAGAAAACAAGUGCGAAGGAAAAAGAAAAGAUUAAGGGAUUAUUGGAAAAGAAAAAAAAUUUUUUAAACACUAAAUUGGGAAUUUUAAGAAGUUUUCGAGAUGAGGAUAAAAAUUUAAAUAAGAUUUGUGGUGUUAAGAAGAGUUUGAGACGUGAAAUUAAAGAUUUUUGAUUUUGGAGCUGGAGAAAAGGUGAUUUAUUUUUUUGUAUCAGGAUUUUGGGUUUGGAAGAAGGUGAUAUUUGUUGCGGUUGAAUGAUGACGAGUUGAUUGGGUACUCAUAUGGAUAUAUUUUGAGUCAAUAAAAUUUUUUAAAAAAAUUUUUGAUUUUGAAACAAUGAUGUGGGUACUCUUUCUACAGGAAAUUUUCCCAAUUAUUCGAAUAUGGCAUCAAAAUUAAAAAUAAAAAUAUAUGAUAUAUAUACAAAAAUCAAAAAUUUAGAUAUAAUGCUAUAAUUAUUUGUUGUAGUUAAUUAUAAUUAAGAGUAAAAAUAUUUAUAUUAUAAAAUUUUUAUAAAAAGGAAAUAAAUAUAUAAAAAAUUUCCCAAUACUUUUUUUUUCAUAAAAUUGAAUGACAGACUCGGGUUCUCGAUAUGAUUUUGCGUUGAUUGAAUACCCACAUCGAUAUAUUUGAAUAAGUAUGAAUUUUCAAAAAACUAAAUCAAAAUUUUUAUAAUAAAUUUUGAGUUCUGAAAAAAAGUGAUGUGGGUGUUCAUUCUACAGGGAAUUGUAUUAGCUAUAAUAUUUAUAUACUCAUAAUUUGAUAAAAAUUAAUUUUUAAAAAAAAAUAACAACAAAACGUCGUAUAACAAA